CUUUCUUAGUUGUCAAGAAACAAACAAGCAGGCUAAAAUUGUCGUACAUUAUCAAGUUACGUAUUUCGGGUAUUUGAAUUGUGAGAGCGGUGCCGAAUCGAAAAAGUCGGAUCAUGUCGAAAUGUUUACUUACAUUCGCUCAUAUGGCCAUCAUUAUCUUGUCAAUUGCUUCAGACGUAGAUUGCGAUCGUCCUAUUUACAACAUAGCUAACAUGGUGAAUUCCGUGAAGCAAAUAGAUACAUGGCUGGGAUAUGGAGCGAAUGCACUUGAAGUUGAUGUUAGAUUCAAGUGGAAUGGGACACCUCAAUAUUUCUAUCAAGGAUGGCCAUGCGAUGUAGGCAGGUUUUGUCAUCGAUGGUCGUACGUGAGAAAUUACAUCAACGCACUUCGUCAGCGAACGAUCCCUUCGAGUGGCAAGUUCAAUAAAAACUUGGUGCUGGUCAUGUUCGACGUAAAGUUGAAGAAAUUGAAAGGGAAAACGUUAACAUCAGCCGGGAAGAAGUUCGUCAGUAGAAUUUUGAUACCGUUAUAUAAAAACAAUCCCACAGACAUGAAAGUCGUUGUAAGUGUUCCGAACUUAGGUAAGAAGAAUUUCAUAAGUGGACUUUUAAAGCAACUGAAGACUGAUAAUCAGGAUAUUAUAAAAAAAAUCGGCUUCGAUAUUAGCUGGGAUGGCCGGAGCUCGGCAGCAAAAGAAAGGGUUUUACGUCAACUGGGUGUUCCUUCGGGUCACGCUUGGCUUAGCACCGGAGGAAUCAACUGGUUUCCUUUCUUUUAUUUGAGGAAAUUGAAAAAGCAAGUUCAAUACUCAGAAGAGACUGGCUAUUUUAGCAAAGUUAUCGUGCGGUCUGUAGACUUUACAUCAGUUGCUAAAAAGUAUCUGGAAAUUGAUUUAGAUGGAAUGGUUUCUAACUAUCCGGGAAGAGUAAUGAAAGCAAUGGAGAAAGUUAACAAAGGCAAAGUCAAAGUGAGAUUGGCAAACUUGUGCGAUGAUCCUUUUGCAAAGUACUAAAAGCCUAUAGACUAUUUCUUUCUUUUUGUCUUUGUUCAUUUUAAAAGCUUAGUUUACAAUGGUCAGCGAGUUGAAUUCAGUGCUUUUUUUUGCAGGGGAUUUAACGCGGAGGAACGGCGUUCCCCAGCCCACGUAAUGUCAUACUGUGGCUAGCAAAUAUAUAUUAUAUAUUAAACCCAUAUUCUAUACAAGAUAAUUUAUCUGAAUUUGCUUGUUAUACAACCACAUGAUACUGUGCUUCGAUUGAAAUUUUCUAAUAAAAGCAACUUGAAAUGCCACCAGACCUUA